GCGUCACUUCCGGCGUGUGCGUCCGGCGUCCUCCCGCCGCAGGAUGGCGGCUCUGAGGAGUUGGCUCUCCAGAAGCGUAGCCUCCUUCUUCAGGUACGGCUGCGGUCGUGGACUGGGGCAGAAAUGGAGGACAGGCGACGCAGAGAACAUUAUGCCGGGUCGGAAGCGCCGGCCUUGGUACCGACAGUGUGUUCCAGUUGUGGUUAAUUCUAGGAAACGCUUAUUGAUAAGACCAUGGCACAAAACGGUGGCGGCUGCGUUUGGUGUAACCUUGUGUGCAGUUCCUAUUGCUCAGAAAUCAGAGCCUCAUUCUCUUAGUAAUGAAGCAUUAAUGAGGAGGGCUGUGUCUUUGGUAACAGAUAGCACCUCCACCUUUCUCUCUCAAACCACAUAUGCAUUGAUUGAAGCAAUCACUGAAUAUACUAAGGCUGUGUAUACCUUAAUUUCUCUGUACCGACAAUAUACAAGUUUACUUGGGAAAAUGAAUUCACAGGAGGAAGAUGAAGUAUGGCAGGUGAUUAUAGGAGCCAGAGUUGAGAUGACUUCAAAACAACAAGAAUACUUGAAGCUUGAAACCACCUGGAUGACUGCAGUUGGUCUUUCAGAGAUGGCAGCAGAAGCUGCAUACCAAUCUGGAGCAGAUCAGGCCUCUAUAACUGCCAGGAACCACAUUCAACUGGUGAAAUCGCAGGUGCAGGAGGUGCGCCAACUCUCCCAGAAAGCAGAAACCAAGCUGGCUGAAGCACAAACACAGGAGCUACACCAGAAAUCACAAGAGGGAAGGGACGAGAGGGCCGACCAGGAACAGGAGGCCUACCUGCGUGAAGAUUGAGGGCCCAAGCUGGCUGCCCUUUCUACCCACUCAUGGGGAAAGCAGAGGUGGAUGCCAUCCACCCAGCACAGUACAAUUCUCUCUGCACAGAGAAGAGGCGGCAGGCCCUACCCUGGCCUAUCAGGCCAGAAGCCUUUGUGAGCUCUGAAUGCCUGGCCCUUUCCCCUAUGGUCUCAGCUUUUACUGGACCUGGUUGUUAGUCCAUGGGCACUGUAUGUGCCCUGUUUAACCUUGCACCCCCCUCGGCAUACCUGCUCUCUCAUUUUUAACCUUAUACCCAAAACAUUUCACCGGCAAGGGCCAGAGAGGGGUCUUUUAGUCACUUAAGUUCAAUAGCUGUUUAACCUCAGUUUCAAGCUUACUCAGAUUUUCAAAUAUGAUUUAGUAUUUAUUCCCUCCAUAGGAGUUUGAGUUUGGUGGGGAAGGGGAGACUGUCAGGUUUUUAAGAUUGCUCUUUAAGCAUAUGUAAUGCCUUCUCUGAUAUGGCCUUACCACCAGCUCCUUGGACAGGUAAGGCCAAGGAGCCAAGAGUGUAACUGUGAAGGGAUUGAAUGCAGAGUGUUCACCUGGUGCUCCCAACAGGACUUAACACAUGCUUCUUGUGUUUCCUUCUUUGAGUUUCUCUAUUAUAGCCAAAGGAGAAUAUAUAUAUUUUUUUCCACUUAA